UCGAAGUCUCUAUAGACCUCGUUGUCAUCGUGCUACGCGCAUUUAAAUGUUCGUUCCUCAACCUCACAAUUGACGGAGUCGUGUCGUCAGCUGUUCUCUACUGUCAACCGCUGUCAACGCUGCUGAAGGUGCCGGUGGUGAAGUUCUGUAAGGUGCAGGUUAGGUUGAUGUUUUCUGAGUAAUACAUGUAUUUGUAUACUCGUAUAUGCCCAUGGCACUUUUAAACAAUAAUAUUGAGAAAGUGUUGGACGAGUGAUAAGCGUUUAUAAUCGUGAUUUUCACAUCUUUUAUAUGCAAUUGGAAGGACGGAAGUGAUGAAAUUUUAAGAAUCACAAGUUUUAUGUGGAUAUCAUUUUUGUGUACUUGAAUUUAUUCGAUUCUGAAUGGCGAACAGCGUGGAAUUACUAUCCUGCAAUAUUAUUGAGCGUGACAGUAACGGAGAUGUACUGUGGACAUGGACUUAUCCUUCUGUAACCGACCAACAACAGUCAUUAAUAUUAAGGAAAUGUGGACUUGAUGGUGAUCAUACUACUUUGCAACCCUUUGUUUAUGGACGUUUUGGGAAAAUAUGGUAUUAUAUUAAUUGUACUGAAGUGUUUGAUUCAGAUAAUUUACCGAAGUAGGUGAAGCAAUUUGCCCUGGUCCUCUGGUCAAAAGAUUUUAAUGCAGAAAAGUAUGAAACGUUGUGCCGAAUUUUGAGUAAAACUUACUGCAAAACUGGGAAUCCUGCCGUAAUGCUGCAAUUAUAUUUGUCAGUAUUGACUAGAGGAUCAUGUACUACCGAAGAAAAUGGAACUUUUCUCUCCAAAGAUUUCGAAAGUCGGAAAUAUAGCUCUAGCACUAUGCUCAAAGAACUAAUCAAUACUUUUGGUUUGGAAUCUAUUUUGAUAUAUACUGCUCUUUUACUGAAGAAACGCAUUGUUGUAUACCAUCAUAGUCUUGAGGCUUUACUGAAGUGGAUUCGCACUUUUCCAGUCAUGAUGUGGCAUAGACGGAACAGUGAUAUACUAUUUCCAUGGAUAGAUCUUGUUCCAGAGGAAAUCAUGGACCUCAAGAGCAAUUCUCAUUACAUUGCUGGAACUAGAGACAGCACAAUAGGAUCUCGUGCAGAUUUAUUUGAUGUAUUAGUAAAUCUUCCAGCUAGAGAAAUUACUAUUGCUCCACAUGCAAAAGAAAGUAUGAUUAUGACAAAAACUCACAAAGACAUUGCAGUGUUUAUGGUACAACUUGCUGAACGAGAUAAUGUACAAGAGCAGCAAGUUAUAAAGGAAAUUGCAGACAAGACAAAGGAGUUACUAAAUCAGUUAAUGUCUUUAGCCACUGUGUGCACCACUGAAGGUAAAAGAAUGGUCUCCAUUGAAACACUACGUGAAAGAAAUUUACCUCCUGCAUUGGAUAAUUUCCUUUUUAAUCUAGCAGUUGCUGAAAAUAUUAUGAUGUUGUAGAAAAUUCAAGUUUGGAUAAUGAACAAGAUUAUCUAUUUGACCUCAUUGAGUACCUCUUGGGUUAUAUUUUUGUGACAUGUUUUUGUUUGCUUACAUUUAAAUGUACCUGUAGAGUCAUUAGAAUAAAGGGUGGAGAACAAAUAGUGAACAUAUAGAAAUAAAAAUAGUGAGGCUGAAGAACAAAGUGGAAAAAAAUGUAUCUUAUUACAAGAAACAUCAUCACCAAGAAACUGCUAGUUAAUUGGGGUACAUGGAGGGAGUACCAUGCUUUUUAAAGGAUCUAUAAGUAUUUGAUUAGAAAUUAAUCUCUCUUCACCCAGUGGGGGUAUGGGCUUACUGUGUAUAGUAAAUAACAAAUUGAUGCCCUAAUUAUAAAUAUUCUAAGUAUUAUCAUUUCAUAUUUUUAUAAAGUAGAAAAUAUGUUAGUUCUUUGCCUGAAAUUCAAUUAAUAUUUUGAAGUUUCUUUGCUACUGCUAAAGAGUCAUUGUUGUUUUAUUGUUAAGGUAAACAAUUGGUGAUUUAUGCUCCCUUUGAUGUAAUCAUUUAAAUGUUGAGGAAAUAAGGUGUUUUAAAUUUUUUUAAAAUAAGCAUUCAAAAUUUGUUACAUCUAACCAAACAAAAAUGCAAAUGCUAAAAUGAAGGUGACAAUCAUUUGGAAAAUCAAUCCACAGUGCAAUAGAUCUUCACCAUUGUACCUCUAGUUACAUAGUAACACAAAAGCAUUUUUGAAUAAGAUCAAAUGCUUAUUAAACUGCUUACACUAGAUUACUUUUUCAUUAAUAUGAUAAGUGAAUACAUUAUUAUUGUUAAUUCUGAUUAUGUUAUAUUAAAUGGUUUGAUUUAUAGUUGAAAUGUUUCAAGAACUAUUAUCAUGCAUAAUAAUUUUUAUUUUGUGAUGAUUUUCCUACCCAGGAGUUAACCUGCCAUAUCAAGAAUGCAUAUAGCGCUUAAAGUAAAUUGAAAAUUAGAAGGCAAUAUGCAACACUGCCCAAUCAAUGAAAAAGAAAGUGGUUUCUGUAUAGUCACAUUUUCCUUGCAAUUUUCAAAAGUUUUUUUAAUAUAUUAGAUUCACAAUCUAAAGGCAUUUCCUUAGGUAUUAAAGACAGAUCUCGCAAUAGUAAAAACUGUGAGGUGAUAAUUACCUUUGAGAUAUUCCUCUACUGAUUUGUGAAGAUAGAAAAAUGUAAAUAAUGUAACAUUUUUAUAGUGUUGUUUUUCCAUCAAAAGACUAGCAGGUUGUAUCAUUUUUCAGAUAUAACCAAUAUUUCUCAAUUGUGCAGAACCCACUUUUUACUUUGUGAAGAAACAAGGUUUUUAAGAAUAUGUGUACAGUACUUUGAGACAUUAGACACAAAGCAACAAAAAAAAAUGUUUAAAAGUAAUUCUUGUUUGAUUAUAUUUAGCUGUGCAUAAUGUUGUUUGUUUGUAUAGAAAUUUAUACCAUUAUAUUUUAUACAUUUUGAAUUUUAAAUGUCUUUAUUUUACCCCCU